AUGGACUCGUUCGCAGCAUCUUGCGGCCCUUCAAAUCCGCUACAGACACUCUCAAAGCACCAACAGCAUGAUACCUCUCUUCAGCGGGACCGGUUCAACUCGCAGGGUCCAGCAAGUCAACGGCAGUCGUUCAGAUCUACGCCGCAGAUAGAUCCGCAGCUACAGCAUGAAGCUGAAGCAUUUAUGCGGGGAGAGCCAUUACCGGGACCUGAGCUUGGAAUGGGGAUGGGAAUGGGUAUGAGGGGUGUUGGUGCGAGGCCUCAGGGUGGUGGGAUCGGCAUGGAUGGGUGGGCGGAUGACUUUCAGAGACUACAAGUGUCACAGCCAAAAGCACAACCACUUUUUAUGGCCGUGAACGGGAAGGGCAAGGCGGUCAUGGGAGGUGGAAGAGGUGGGUGGGGUGCAGAGUUCCUCGCUCAGCGUCGACAAACAGCGCCGCCGCAACCUGCCUCACAAGCAUACGCCGCACAACGAACAGGCAUGGGCAUGAGCAUGGGUUAUGCCGGUGUGGGAGGACAGCUCUAUCACGAACAAGUACAGCAACAACCCACGAUGAACCAACAAGAACAGGUGAAGCACGACCAAGCCUUAGACCAAGCAUUCGCCGAAGCAGAGAAGCAUGCUUUCGAGAGUAUCAACGUGGAGCAGGACACGAUAGAGAUCCAGAAGUGGGAUCAGCAAGGUCUUGUGGAGAUGUACAGGGACAAGAUGGAUGAAGUACUCCGGGAGAAGGGGGCGGGCGCGGAUCCGCUCGAGGUGUAUCAUCAUACGGAGAGUGAUAUGCUCAAUACAUUUGCGCCAGAACCCGAACUUGAGACUGCUGCUGAGCAACAGACAGACAAGCCGGUCAACCACAACGACGCACUUGCCGCCACCGCUGGCUCUUUACUCGAGAGCCUCAAAGACGAAACAGACGAGAAAUUCCAACAAUCGAGUUUCAUGCAGCUCAUGCGCAAACUCCGAGAUGGCGAGGUUCACGUUGAAGGCGACAAGAUGGUCGAGACCGUCGAACCCGUCACAACCUAUGGACAUACAACCCAGGACACGCACUGGCCACAUACCAAAAGCGGUGCAUUCACCCCCGUUACAGACGCGGAUAUCCACCGUGCCGGAAGACUCGAACGGAGCUGGGGCGAAGACCUCGAUUUCGAGAAAUUCGAGAACGAGAAUUUCUUUGGGAGGGGCCAGUGGGGUGGAACAGCAGCUGACCCCGGAAACGCAAAUAGGUGGGAGAAUCCGAAUUUCAUGGAGGGGUGA